AUGCAGACCAUCAAAUGUGUUGUUGUUGGUGAUGGUGCAGUUGGAAAGACAUGUCUCUUGAUAUCAUACACAACCAACAAGUUCCCCUCCGAAUACGUCCCUACAGUCUUUGAUAAUUAUGCUGUGACAGUUAUGAUCGGAGAUGAGCCUUACACCCUUGGCUUGUUCGAUACUGCAGGUCAAGAGGAUUAUGAUAGACUUCGCCCUUUGUCGUACCCACAAACCGACGUUUUCCUUGUUUGCUUCUCGGUCACUUCGCCAGCUUCGUUCGAGAACGUCAAGGAAAAGUGGUUCCCUGAGGUCCACCACCACUGCCCAGGUGUUCCAUGCUUAAUUGUCGGUACUCAGAUCGAUUUACGCGACGAUUCGGCUGUUCUGGAGAAGUUGGCCCGUCAGAAGCAGCGACCGAUUGGAUUUGAUGCAGGCGAGCGCCUGGCAAGAGAAUUAGGAGCAGUUAAAUAUGUUGAAUGCUCUGCUCUUACUCAAAAAGGCUUAAAGAACGUGUUUGAUGAGGCUAUUGUCGCCGCACUUGAACCACCUGUGAAGAAGAAGUCAAAGAAGUGCUCCAUUCUAUAA